AUGAGUCAUUCUGUCAAUCACAUGACCCGUGGAGGCCAAGUCUGGGCGCACCAGAUUCGCAUGGCCCUUCAAGUCCUUAAAAACACUUUUUUGAUUUCUCUUGUUCUCAGUUUUGGCGGGCUGCUCUUUAGGCUUUUUAAGAUCAUCACCUUGGAAACAGUGUAUCUGGUUUUUAUGGCUUGGUGGGCUGAAACCAAGAUGACAUUUGCUACGCUCAUGAAAGGAGGAAUCACAGAGAUUACUUUUUGGCAUGCAGGACAGUGGCAGACUUGGAAAGCGAUUUCUUUUCUACGUCACCCUUUUGUUCAAGAAGCCCAAAAUCUCACUCAACUGGCUUUUGCUAAAGCUUUGUCUUCAGAAUCACUUCCUUUCUUGCUGUGGAGCUUUAUAGGCUCCUUCUUCUUCGUGGGAACCUACUUUUAUGUGAUGGGUCGAUCUGUUCGUCAAAAGAAGCAUGUGCGGGGUUUAAAAAUUGUCUCCCUUAAACAACUGAAACGUCUCAUGAAACAACGCAAAUUAAAAAGUGUACUGCAUUUAGAUGGUGUGCCAUUAGUGAAAGAUUGUGAAACAUCCCAUAUGUUGAUUGCGGGUACCACAGGGUCAGGAAAGACCAAUGCACUCAAUCAUCUUCUUCCCAAGAUUCGACACCAAAAAGCGGUUAUUGUAGAUCUCACUGGAGAGCUGACGAAACGAUACUUUGAUGCGACACGAGAUGUGGUGUUAUCGCCUUCUCAUCCAGAAACGUCUUUUUGGAAUCCGUGGUUGGACGCUAAAAACGCUUUUGAAUUUAGAGCCUUUGCAAGCGCCUUUGUAGGUGAAGGAUCCAAACACGACCCUUUCUGGGCCGAUGCGGCUAAAGAGUGCCUCGCCGCCGCUCUAGAAAAACUGUCUGACAUCCAAUCUCUUCCCACCUUGAUUGAAAUCCUCACCAAAACCAAUCUUAAAACCUUUUAUCGUUUUUUUGAAGGAACGUCGGCAGCAGCGUAUGCAGAUCCGAAAGGAGAGCGCACGACGGUUUCCAUUCGAUCCACCUUGUCGUCGCGCAUUCAAAGCUUAGAUAUUCUUCAACAUCAACAACAAGGGGACUUCUCCUUACGCUCCUGGAUUCAACAAGACUCUCUAGAGGGAGGCACACCAGGGUAUGAUAAUCCUGGAUGGCUGUUUCUGACGACCAAGCCCGAUGAACGAGAUGUCUUGUGUCCGUUGAUUUCUGCACAACUGGGGGUGACUCUUAAAGGGUUGAUGCAGAUGGCGCCUAAUUCAGAGCGACGCUGUUGGUUUAUUAUUGAUGAGCUUCCUGCCUUAAAUAAAACCCCUGCGCUUCUCACCACCGCCACCGAAGGACGCAAGUACGGGGCUUGUUUGGUGGCAGGAAUUCAAGAUAUGGCCCAGCUUAAAUCCAAGUAUGGCCAUGAUGAAGCGGCAACCCUUUUAAAUCAGAUGAACACCAAGGUCUUCUUCCGAUUUACAGAUCCUCAAAACGCUUUGAUGAUUUCUAAAAUGCUGGGAGAAAAGGAGGAAAAGUCCGUUAAAGAAAAUAUCUCUUAUGGGGCCAAUACAAUCCGGGAUGGGGUGAGCCUUAAUGAAGCCACUUCUAAAGAACCUCUUGUCAUGCCCACAGAAAUCGCCGCAUUAAAAAACCUGGAGUGCUUCAUUCGACUUCCUGAAGAUCUUCCUAUCGUCAAGCAUCAGAUGCGUUUUAAAGUACUUGAAGAAAAGGAUUCUAACUAUGCCCAGUAA